AUGGCUGAGGUUUGGCACAUGGUACCCCGAUUUGGAUAUGUGUCCAAAGAUACAAUAGAUGAUGAUGUCAUACAUAAACUCAUCAUCAACAACUUGCUCGAAGUCUGUCUGUCGUCUUUAGAGCUGAACUUGUGUUACGACUCCGAGUCGGAGAGUCUCUUGACCGCAUCAGUCCCACCUGCACAAGAUCACGGGGGCACUUUACUUGCUGCUGAGUUUCAGAACUUGUACGGUUUCGAGGUGGCAACUGCUCUACGGUAUCUCCCUGCUCUCGAUCCAGCAGCUGUGCAAGCCUCUAAAGCCAUGUCUUCAAGUUUACAGUGGAUUUCAGCAUCUGUUGAUUAUCUUGCUCGCCGUUUAGAGAAGCUGAAACGCACGGACAUCCAGACAUCUGUUAUUUACUCUCGGAUAAGACUGUUUUCUGUCAGAUUCUUGCUCGAAUUUGUCUCGCGCUCUGUCAAGGACGUAUCAGCUCGUCUAGAAUUCAAACAGAAUGCGCUGGCAGAGCAGUCAUUUCGGCGUAUGUAGUUGCUGCCAUGUGCAGCCUACACGAAGAAAGCUCUCCAUGAUUCCAAGGAAAAGGAAGGCUACUAACGAGCUCGGAGGUCAGUCACCUGCUAAGAACUCAAAGUUAUCGACGGAGAGCCAUGACAUCUUGACAUUGAGUUGGAGGCUGAUGAUGAUUAGCCUGGCUCGAAUACUAUUGUCAAAUUUCAAGUAGUGCUGCAUCAGGUCUGCGAAGCGCCUGAUUAUUAUAUAGAUAGAUUGUUUACUACCAAUUUGUCGUCAAUUUUUGAAGUUGAAGUCGGGGACUGGCGCUUCCCAGCGCCGCUACGAUAUCACAGAUCUUCCACUGCUUACCUCACCUUUAUAAUUA